CGCGCGGCGUGCACUCGGGUCGCUGCCGCCAUCCUGCUGGCGAGAGAGAGGCGAGAGACAGAGAGGCCCGCCCGCUAGCCCGGGCCGGUGUGGGCCAGUGCGUGAGGGCGCGGGGGGCCGUGUCAGCGCGACGCAGAGCGCAGCCGCCGCCGCCGCCAAACGGACAUGUUGGAGCCCCGCGCUGCCGCCGCCUCCCUGGCCUCCUCCGGCGCACGGGACUGAGCCGGGGCCCGCCGCCCGCCCUCUGACUGCGCUCGGCCGGCCCGGCCUCGCCGCCUCGGCCGCAGCCCCUUCCUGCUCGGCCUCGCUCUCCGCCGCUCGUCGCCCGCCGCCGUCGUCCUCCUCUCCCCCUCCACGCCCCAGGCCCUGCCGGCUCCCGGCCCUGCUCCGCCGCGGCGCGAGGUCUAUGUGACCGGCGGGCCCGGAGCAGCCGCCGCCGCCGCAACGCGAACAUGGACGCCGUCAACGCCUUCAACCAGGAGCUUUUUUCACUUAUGGAUAUGAAACCUCCCAUCUCUAGAGCCAAAAUGAUUCUGAUCACUAAAGCUGCUAUUAAAGCUAUUAAGCUUUAUAAGCAUGUUGUUCAAAUAGUAGAAAAGUUCAUCAAAAAGUGUAAACCAGAAUACAAGGUUCCAGGAUUAUAUGUCAUUGAUUCCAUUGUGAGACAGUCUCGUCAUCAAUUUGGCACUGAUAAAGAUGUUUUUGGGCCAAGAUUCUCUAAAAAUAUAACUGCUACAUUCCAAUAUUUAUAUCUUUGUCCAUCUGAAGAUAAGAGUAAAAUAGUUCGUGUGCUAAAUCUUUGGCAAAAAAAUGGAGUAUUCAAAAUUGAAAUUAUUCAACCUCUUUUGGACAUGGCAGCAGGAACCAGUAAUGCUGUUCCCGUAGCAGAAAAUGUCACCAACAAUGAAGGGUCUCCUCCACCCCCAGUAAAAGUGUCUUCUGAACUGGCACAAGCGCCCACAAACUCCAUGCCUACUGUGCCACAGCUGCCCAGCUCUGAUGCCUUUGCUGCUGUGGCUCAACUGUUUCAGACCACUCAGGGCCAGCAGCUUCAGCAGAUCCUUCAGACUUUUCAACAGCCUCCAAAACCACAGUCUCCCGCCCUUGACAAUGCUGUGAUGGCCCAGGUUCAGGCUAUCACAGCUCAGUUAAAGACAGCUCCUACACAACCACCUGAACAAAAAGCCGCUUUCCCCCCACCUGAACAAAAAACUGCAUUUGACAAGAAGCUGCUGGAUAGGUUCGAUUAUGAUGAUGAGCCAGAAGCCAUGGAAGACACAAAGAAAGAGGACACCGCUGUCACUGUUGCAGCCCCUGCGGCUGCACCUCCCCCGCCCUCCGUGACCACACCUGCUAUUGCUCCUGCUGUGCCGGUACCCUCUGCCACCUCACCCCCUCCUCCACAGGUGCCAUUUGGCUAUCCUGGGGACAGCAUGCAGCAACCAGCCUAUACACAGCAUCAAAGUAUGGACCAGUUUCCACCUCGGAUGAUGGGGAUGCAGCAGGAUACAGUGCACCAUCAGGUUCCACUUCCUCCUAAUGGACAGAUGCCAGGAUUUGGGCUUCUCUCUACAACUCCAUUUCCUCCUAUGCCGCAGCCUGGCAUGCCGCAGCCUGGGAUGCCGCAGCCUGGCAUGCCGCAGCCUGGGAUGGCACAGCCUGGCAUGCCGCAGCCUGGCAUGCCGCAGCCUGGGAUUCCUCCAGCUCCUCCAGUACAACCAACUUUCCAACCUACUUUUCAGCCACAAAAUGAGCCGCUUUCACAAAAGCCACACCAGCAGGAAAUGGAAGUAGAACAGCCUUGUGUCCCGGAGGUUAAGCGACACGUUCCUGAGAGCAGAAAGUCAAGAUCUAGGUCAGCAUCCAGGUCACCAAAAAGGAGACGAUCUAGAUCUGGCUCUAGGUCUCGGAGAUCCCGCCACAGACGAUCUCGGUCCCGGUCCAGGGACAGGCGCCGGCACUCGCCUCGGUCUCGAUCUCAAGAAAGAAGGGACCGAGAAAAAGAGAGGGAACGGCGGCAGAAAGGCCUCCCUCAGAUCAAGUCAGAAACUGCAAGUGUUUGUAGUACCACAUUGUGGGUGGGACAGCUGGACAAAAGGACUACUCAGCAAGAUGUUGCCAGUCUCUUAGAAGAGUUUGGUCCAAUUGAAUCAAUUAAUAUGAUUCCUCCCAGGGGUUGUGCCUAUAUUGUUAUGGUUCAUAGACAAGAUGCAUACCGUGCCCUGCAGAAACUGAGCCGGGGAAACUAUAAAGUGAACCAAAAAUCCAUAAAGAUUGCCUGGGCCUUAAACAAAGGAAUAAAGGCAGAUUAUAAGCAGUAUUGGGAUGUUGAACUGGGUGUUACUUAUGUCCCGUGGGACAAAGUCAAACCUGAGGAGCUGGAGAGUUUCUGUGAAGGCGGAAUGUUGGACAGUGACACACUUAACCCAGAGUGGAAGGGAAUCCCCAAGAAGUCUGAAAAUGAAGUUGCCCAAAAUGGAGGUGCAGAGGCCUCCCACACGGAGCCCGUGUCGCCUGUCCCUAAGACUUUGCCUGUGCCUGUCCCUCCUAUCCCUGUCCCUGCUCCUAUUACAGUGCCACCUCCACAGGUCCCACCUCAUCAGCCGGGCCCCCCUGUAGUUGGUGCUCUGCAGCCGCCUGCUUUCACACCUCCCCUAGGAAUCCCCCCGCCAGGCUUUGGCCCUGGGGUUCCUCCUCCUCCUCCUCCACCACCAUUUUUGCGCCCAGGAUUCAACCCAAUGCAUUUACCACCAGGCUUUCUUCCUCCUGGACCCCCACCUCCUAUAACUCCACCAGUGUCCAUUCCUCCUCCUCACACCCCACCAAUAAACAUCCCAAACUCUACUAUCGCUGGUAUAAAUGAAGACACUACAAAAGACUUAUCUAUUGGAAAUCCCAUUCCAACAGUGGUGUCUGGGCCUAGAGGAAACGCCGAGUCUGGUGACAGCGCGAAAAUGUAUGGCUCUGCUGUGCCACCUGCUGCACCUGCGAAUCUGCCCACCCCUCCUGUAACCCAGCCUGUUUCACUUCUUGGCACUCAAGGAGUUGCACCUGGUCCUGUGAUUGGGCUCCAGGCACCGUCUACUGGUCUUCUUGGUGCCAGACCUGGCCUGAUCCCACUGCAGCGCCCCCCAGGGAUGCCUCCACCUCACUUGCAGCGGUUUCCUAUGAUGCCACCGCGCCCCAUGCCACCGCACAUGAUGCACAGAGGUCCACCUCCAGGACCAGGGGGCUUUGCUAUGCCCCCACCUCAUGGAAUGAAAGGGCCCUAUCCACCACACGGCCCCUUUGUUAGGCCUGGCGGAAUGCCAGGGCUUGGGGGCCCAGGGCCAGGCCCAGGAGGACCAGAAGACAGAGAUGGAAGGCAGCAGCAGCCGCAGCCGCAGCCACCACAACAGUCACAGCCACAGCAGCCACCACCGUCACAGCAGCCAGCGCCAACACAGCAGCAGCCGCAGCAGCCUCAGCAGUUUAGAAAUGAUAACAGGCAGCAGUUCAAUUCAGGGCUGAAGAAAAUUCUAAGGAUAAAGGGUCAACUGAAAGGAAGUGCCUACUGAAAAGGCAACUGCCCCAGCUGGGCAGGAGCCUUUACUACUUGUUCUGCAAGAACCAGACUCAGCUCCCGAGCGUAACUCGGGAAGACGGCUCCCAUAUGGUAACCAAGCGAUGAUAACCUACAGACCCGAAUACUGACAUCCAUCGCAGAUUUUACACUCAACAAAUGUUUAACUGUAAGGGGAGCAAUCAUGGCAAGAAAAUCUGGCUGUUUUAAACUCAAGACUACUGUUUGUUCAACUUCCACCCAGCCUGAUCAGAUGUAACCUGCUUCCCACUGCAUCUCAGCAGAACAGUGUUCUCAACUGACCUAGGCAAAUUAACUCUUCACUGUCAUAUCCAAUAAAACCUUUUUCCUAUUCUGAGCUCUUUAACAAUUUAUGUGAUUCUUUAGAUAGUUUGGCCAUGAGGUCAUGGAAAGGAUUAUAACCAUGUUAGAAGUCCUAUAUAUGGCCAGAGUUCUAUGAUGACUUACCACCAUCGUUCGGCCAAUGAUGGAGUGCUCUCCUGAGAGAGAGAUCACAGGGUCUUCAAUGGACACAGUGGCCACACCAUCCUUCCCAGCAGUCACGUUGCCCAGGUCCCCAACAUGCCUACCGUUAGAAGACGUCAGCUGGGUCAGCACUGUCUACUCACAAGCAGAGCUAAAGUAACACCUCACUCCGUCCAACACCCACCAGGGGAUUAGGAAGUACACAACACACUCCAAAUAUGACCCCUUACCCAGACUGACAAAGGUCUGCAAACAAUUUUAAAACAGGUAGCUAGGACACCCUGAACACACACUUCAAAAGUACGCUCUGAGAAGAGCCAUGGUCUGGGAUAUAUUUCUCAUUUUGGGGAUUGUAGCAAAGGAUGAACUCAGCUCCUGAGCUAGCAUACUUAGCAAAGCUUUGCUCCCAGGCCUCCAGUAUAAAAACAAGGCAGCCCUUUAAAUGUAGAACUUUCCUGGGGGGGGUUCACAUAUAAAUGGAGUCUCAACUAGCUUUCAUUAUCUGCAUUAGUGACCUGUUACACACUUAUUUACUUUGCUAGUGACUGACAGCACUGUUAUCCUUGACAUUUUCUGUAUUGGUUCCUUUUGGCUCUUGUAUUCAUCUUCAAUAAAUGCUACAAAACUAAA